AACUCCCGGCAAGGCAAGGCAAGGCUAUUCCAGACAAGGCAAUUCCAGGCAAUGCAAGGCAAAGAAAGGCAAAAAAUACCAGGCAAGGCCAAUCCAGGCAAGGCAAUUUCAGGUAAGGCAAGGCAAUUCCAGGGAAGGCAAUUUAAUGCAAGGCAAGGCAAUGCAAGGCAAGGCAAUUUCAGGCGAGGAAAGUCAAGGCAAGGCCAUUCAAAACCAGGCAAUUUCAGUCAUGGCAAGGCAAGACAAGGGAAUUCCAGGCAAGGCUAUUCCAGGAAUGUCAAGGCGGGACAAUUCCAGGCAAGGAAAAGCAAGGCAAUGCAAGGCAGGGCAAGGCAAGAGAAGGCAAUGCCAGGCAAGGCAAUGCAAUCCCAGGCAAGACAAGGCAGGGAAAGGAAAUUCAAGGCAAGGCAAUUGCAGGUAAGGCAAGCCAAGGUAAUUCCAGGGAAGGUAAUUCCAGGCAAGGCAUGGCAAGGCAAUUCCAGGCAAGGAAAUUCCAGGCAAGGCAAGGCUAUUCCAGGCAAGGCAAGGCUAUUCCAGGCAAGGCAAUUCCAGGCAAUGCAAGGCAAGGAAAGGCAAAAAAUUCCAGGUAAAGAAAUUAAAGGCAAGGCAAGACAAGGCAAGGCAAGUCCAAUCCAGGCAAGUCAAUUUCAGGCAAGGCAAGACAAUUCCAGGGAAGGCAAUUCAAGGCAGGCAAGGCAAUGCAAUUACAGGCAAGGCAACUCCAGGAAAGACAAGAAAAGGCAAUUCCAGGCAACACAAGGCAAGGCAAUUCCAUGCAAGGCAAGACGAGGCAAUCUAAGGCAAGGCAAUUCCGGGAAAGGCAAUUCCAGGCAAGGCAAGGCAAGGCAAUUCCAGGCAAGGCAAGGCAAGACAAUUCCAGGAAAGCAAUUCCAGGCAAGGCAAAGCAAUUCCAGGAAAGGCAAGACAAGUCAAGGCAAGGAAAGGCAAGGCAAGUAAAUGCAAGGCAAUUCCAGGCAAGUAAAUUUCAAGCAAAGCUAUGCAAGGCAAUUGCAAGCAAGGGAAAUCCAGGCCCGGCAGGCAAGGCAAGGCAAGGCAAUUCUAUGCACGGCAAUUCCAGGAAGGCAAGGCAAGCCAAGGCAAGGCAAUUCCAGACAGGGCAAUUCCAGGCUAGACAAAGCAAGGCAAUGCAAGAAUAUUCCCAGCAAGGCAAGGCAAUUUCAGGCAAGGCAAGGCAUGGCAGUUCCAGGCAAGGCAAAACAAGGCAAAGCAGGCCAAUUCCAGGCAAGGUAAUUCGAGGUUAGAAAAGGCAAGGCAAAUCAGGCCAAUUCCAGGCAAAGCAUGGUAAUUCCAGGCAAGGCAAUUCCAGGCAAGAGAAUUGCCUGAAAGGCAAUUCCAGGCCAGGCAAGGCAAGAAAAGGCAGGGAAAGGCAAUUCCAAGCAAGGCAAUUCCCGCUAAGGCAAGGCAAGGCAAUUCCAGGCAAUGCAAAGCAAUGCAAGGUAAGGCAAGGAAAUUCUAGGCAAGGGAAUUCCAGGCGAGGAAAAGCAAGCUAAGGCAACUUGAAACAAGGCAAUUACAGUCAAGGCAAGGCAAGAGAAGGCAAUUCCAGACAAGGCUAUUCCAGGGAAGGCAAGGCAGUGCAAUUCCAGGCAAGGAGAAGCAAGGUAAUGCAAUGCAAUUCCAGACAAGGCAAUUCCAGGUAAGGCAAGGCAAGGCAAUUCCAGGCAUUUCAAUUCCAGACACCACAAUGCAAGUCAAAGCAAUUCCAGGCAAGGUCAAACAAGUCAAGGCAAGGCAAUGCAAUUCCAGGCUAGGCAAUUGCAGAAAAGGCAAUUUCAGACUAGGCAAGACAAGGCAGGGAAAGGUUAUAUCAGGCAAGGUAAUUCCAAGAAAGGCAAGGCAAUGCAGGGUAAGGCAAUUCCAGGCAAGGGAAGGCAAAUCUAUCCAAAGCAAGGCAAUUCUAGGCAAUGCAAGGCAAGGCAAGGCAAAAAAAAUUCCAGCAAGAAAGGCAAGGAGAGGCAAGGUCAUUCCAGGCAAGGCAAGGCAAUUUCAGGCAAGGCAAGGCAAUGCAAUGCAACACAAUUUCAAGCAAGAAAAUACCAGGCAAGACAAGGCAAGGCAAUUCCAGACAAGGUAAUUUCAGACAAGGUAAUUCCAGGAAGGGUAAGGAAAGGCAAUUCCAGGCAAGGCAACUCCAGGCAAGGCAAGGUAAGGCAAGACAAUGCAAUUCUAGGCCAGGCAAUGCCAGGCAAAACAAGGCAAGGCAAAGCAAGGCAAUGCAAUUCCAGGCAAGGCAAUUCCAGGCAAUGAAAGGCAAGGAAAUUCCAGGGAAGGCAAUUGCCAGAAUGGCAUUCCAGGCCAGGCAAAGCAAGAAAAGGCAGGGAAAGGCAAUUCCAGGCAAGGCAAUUCCUGCUAAGGCAGGUCAAGGCAAUUCCAGGCAACCCAAUUCCAGUCAAGGCAAGGCAAGACAACACAAGGCAAUGCAAGGCAAGGCAAUUUUAGGCAAGGCAAUUCCAGGCGAAUUGCCUUGCCUUUCCUGGAAUUACCUUGUCUGGAAUUGCCUUGACUUGUCUUGCCUUGCCUUGCCUGGAAUUGCAUUGCCUUGCCUUGCCUAAAAUUGCCUUGCCUGGAAUGGCCCCUUUUUGCCUUGUUUUGCCUUGCCUGGAAUUGCCUUUCCUUUCCUUGUUUGAAAUUACCUUGUCUGGAAUUGCCUUGCCUUGUCUUGUCUGGAAUUUUCUUGCUUGGAAUUGCAUUGCAUUGCCUUGCCUUGCCUGAAAUUGCCUUGCCUGGAAUGACCUUGCCUUUCCUUGCCUUUCUUGCCUUGCCUGGAAUUGCCUUGCUGGAAUUGCCUUGCCUUGCCUUCCCUUGCCUGGAAUUGCCUUACCCUGCAUUGCCUUGCCUUGCCUGGAAUUGCCUUUCCUGGAAUUGCCUUGCAUUAGAUUGCCUUGUCUUUCCUUGCCUGGAAUUGCCUUGCCUUGCCUGGAAUUGCCUUGCCUUGCCCUGACUUGCCUUUCUUGGAAUUGUUUUGCCUUGCCUUGCCUUGCCUGGAAUUGCCUUUCCUGGAAUUGCCUUGCUUGCCUUCCCUUGCCUUGCCUUUCCUGGAAUUGCCUUGCAUUGCCUGGAAUUUUCUAGCCUGAAAUUGCCUUGCCUUUCCUUGCCUGGAAUCAUGUUUACUGGAAUUGCCCUGCCUUGCCUUCCUGGAAUUGCCUUGCCUGGAAUUAUGUUGUCUUGCCUUGCUUGCCUGGAAUUGCCUUGCUUGCCUUGCCUUUUCUUGUCUUUCCUGGAAUUGCUGGGCCUUGCCUUGCCUUGCCUUGCAUGGAAUUGCCUUGAGUUGCCUUUCCUUGCCUUGCUUCAAAUUGCCUUGCUUCAAAUUGCCUUGCUUUGCCUUCCCUCACCUGGAAUUGCCUUGCCUGGAAUUGCCUUGUCUUGCCUUGCCUGGAGUUGCCUUGCCUGAAAUUGCAUUCCUUUGCCUUGCCUUGAAUUGCCUUCCCUGGAAUUGCCUUAUUUUGCCUGAAAUUGACUUGCCUGGAUUGGCCUUGCCUUGCCUUGCCUUGCCUUGCCUUGCCUUGCCUUGCCUUGCCUUGCCUUGCCUUUCCCUGCCCUGCCCUUCCCUGCCCUGUCCUGCCCUGUCCUGCCCUGCCCUGCCGUGCCUUGCCUUGCCUGGAAUUUUUUGCCUUGCCUUACCUUGCAAUGCCUGGAAUUGCCUUGCCCAGAAUUGCCUUGCCUUGCCUUGCCUGGAGUUACCUUCCCUGGAAUUAACUUGUCUUGCCUUACCUGGAAUUGCCUUGCCUCAAAUUUUCUUCACCUCGCCUCGCCUCACCUCACCUCGCCAAUUGCCUUGCCUGGAAUUGUUUUGUCUUGCCUUGCCUUUCCUGGAAUUACCUGGAGUGGAGGAGAAUGGCUCCAGUGUCAGACUCCCCAACAUGCUGCAUGCUCAGCAGGAUCUGCCCACGGACAUCCAGGAAACACUCACCUUCCCCACCUUGGGAGAGGUUGCUGGACAGAACUGCACUGGGUGUUGGUGUCAUCUAGGACCCCACACACUUUCCUGAGUGUAAUCCUGCUUCCCUCCUCUGAGCAGCUGAAUCCUUUUCUCCUGCAGGAUUUUCUGGAAACUUGGCUCUGGGUUUCCUCUCCCUUCUCCCCUCUCCUUGCCCCAACCUCCUUUUUCUGAAAAAGUGAGGGAAUUGUUUAUGGGUUAAUUUGUUGAAAAUAAGUGGUGGCCUCCAUGAUUCUGUUUUAUUUCAGCUUGCUGGUAGUGCAGGGUUACAAAGGAUGCUUGGGCUCCCACACAGGUGCUGGCAGAGGGGGUGGCAAGUGGUGCUGUGCCUCUGCCUGCUCGAGCAAGGAGGCCGUCCCCCUGCCCCUUAUCCCUAGGCCAGGCUUCUUCCUGACCUUUUGAAUAUCCUGUAGUCCAGAGACCUCAGAACCCACUCCUGAGAGAGCAGAGCCAGGCACUUAGAGAAAGACAAAUUGGUGCCAUUCUAGGAUCUUAUUAGGUAUCUGAAUCUCUUAGGAAAAAAAUUAGGAACUAUGUACGAAACUUAUAAUAUUCAAGAAUUAAAAGGUUAUUUGAAUCAAAGUUUUAAAACAUGCCAUCAGCAAGCUUCUACCACUAAGUGGGGACUUUUACAGAAGUUGAGCAAGUUCCCUGAGUUGAGAGAAAAAUGAAGCCACCUGUGCUGGGGACACUUGAGGCAGGGAGAGUGUGGGCAGAGGGAAGCCAGAGAAGUCUUGGCCUGUGGAAGCCAAACAGGAGAGCGUGAGCCAGGAGGGCGGUCAGGAUCAGGGAUGAGGUUGCUCUCCCUGGAGGAGGAAUCCUAAAGUGCACAGUCUGGGACUCCCUCCCCUGGGGUCCAGUCCCCCAACAUUUCACAGGCCUCCUGGAGCUGCCUUCCAAUAAGGACAAACACAGCAAGAAAAGAUCCAUUUCUGCACAAAAGUCCUGGAAAGAAGAAAAAAAAGAAAGCUGAGAAUGGAGUCAAAAUGUUACCCAGUGCUGACUGGGCCUCUCAAUUCUUUUCUAAAUGGAGUGUGGUUUCCUAGUCAGGGAAUGGAAGAGGCCCCUCCCACACAGGGACAGGGCCAUGACCCCAGAAGAUGAAGCAGCAGCAUUUAUUAAAGAUACAACAGUGAAGGGAUCCCGUCACACUCCUGUCUCCCCGAAGAGGGCACAUCUCAAGAAGUGAUCCAGGAGACAUAGAUGGGGUUUGCUGCAUUGUCCAGACUGGUCUCAAACACCUGGGUUCAGUUAUCCUGCCACGGUCUCUCAAAGUGCUGGGACUACAGGCAUGAGCCUCCACACCCAAACACUUGGGGUGGUUUUAAGCCCCCAGUAAGGUGCACCAGCAGGACCAAGAGGUGGCCUGGGCAUCCCCAACACUCUCAUCCAUGCAGACCUA